AGCGUGUGUGAGGAGGGGCACAUAGAAGGGGGAGCCCGGGCACCAUGGCAAGGGAGAGCACACGGGCACUCAUGUCUGGGUUUGUUUUUAGCGCCCUCACUUUCCACCAUGUGAACUCCGGCUCAGACUCGGAAGGAUUUAUUUUUGGAGAUGUGAAAGGGGAAGCAAAAGAUUGCAUCACGGACUCCCAAAUGAGUGAUGUCGAAGUAGUUUAUACAAUCGAUAUUCAAAGGCACGUUCCCUGUUAUCAGCUAUUCAGGUUUUACAAUGGCCUUGGUGAGGUGGACAAACCUGCAUUACAAAAGCUGCUGUCUGGCCAAGAAAAGGAUGUAAUUGGAUGGUACAAGUUUCGAGAUAACACAAGUCAGACAAUGACCCUCAGGGAGAGAUUUCUACAUGAAAACUUACAGACCUGCCUUUCAAACCCAGGUCUUCUAUUUUUGCUAGUCACUCCACAGUGUACAACAGAGAAAGAAUCGACCUAUCGCAUGGAGUAUGCUUUACAUAAACCACAAGACAGUGAUUUUCAGAAAAUGUCUUUAAUUAUUGCCAAUCUUGGAAUGUCAGAGCAGCAAGGAUACAAAACCAUAUCUGGAUCUUGUGUGUCUCUUGGAUUUGACCAAGCUGUUAAAAAGCAUCGGUUGGAAUUUUUCCACAAAGAUGGAACGCUAAAGGAAGUCAUUAAAAUUACAGAUAUGUGUACAAGUCUACAGGAGGAACUGACGGAAACUUGCUCUCGUGUGCUAGAAAGCGAAUAUUCUGUGGAGCAACUUCUGCAACAAGUUAAUCAACUAAAAAGGAAAAUUGCUGAAAAGAAAAAGCUUCUUAAAAACGAUGAGGUAAAGCCUGCAGCUCCAGAAGAAAAUAUUUUCCUGUGUCAGGCCUUGCACCAUUUCUUCCCUCACUCUGCUUUCCUGCAGUCAUGUCGCCUUACUUUAAAUGGGACACUAAUACCAGACAACUGUAAUACUCAACAUAACAUCACUGAGAUGGAUAAACUGACGUUAAUGAUCGAAGAAUGCGACCUGCCAGAAGUAUGUUUCAGGAAAUCCGGCAAGCGAAAGAGACUGCCACAGAAAAAGAAAGCUAGCUUACCAUUGACAAGGACAAGAGCCUCUACCCGCGAGGCCAACCACUAUGACAACAGAGUAAUGUUAAAUAGUGGUACAGAAACAGAAGAUGAUUCACAACAUUUCAAACCAGACGCUUUGGGUUCACAGUCGCCCACAUUUUAAUGGUCUAUUUUAACACAUUUUCCUCUACUGUCCUUA